AUGGCACACCGAGGCAACGACAUCUCAGCCUGGGACCCUACACCCUUCACACACGCCCCCAAUGCAAACGUCUCCAAUGCCCAAACAAUGACAUCCCCUGAAGCCGUAGCCGCGAGAGAAAAAGCCGCAGCCGUGAUGGCAGCACUGAAANAGGGAGAGCAAGGUGAUGCAGACAGAUUGAUGGGAAAACAGGAAAAGUAUGAUAGUUUGGUGCCUGGUAAGUAA